GCCCAGGACAGAACGGUCAGAUUGGGAAUGGGAGGGGGAGUUGAAGUGCUGAGCAACUGGGAGAUCGGGUUGGUUAAUAUGAACUGAGCAGAGGUAUUGGGCGAAGCAAUCGCCGAGCCUGCGCUUGGUCUCACCGAUGUAGAGGAGUUGCCACCUGGAACAGCGGAUGCAGGAGAUGAGGUUGGAGGAGGUGCAGGUGAACCUCUGCCUCACCUGGAAAGACUGAUUGGUUCCUUGGAUGUAGUUGAGGGGGGAGGUAAAGCGACAAGUGUAGCAUUUCCUGCGGCUGCAUGGGAAAGUACCCGGGGAAGAGGUGGUUUGCGUAGGAAGAGACAAAUUGACCAGGGAGUUACGGAGGGAACGGUCUCUGCGGAAAGCAGUAUGAGGAGGAGAUGGGAUAUUUCCACCCUGGGAAAUAGGUUCUAACUGUAGGAAAUAGGUUCUAACUGUCCUCCCUAUUUAUGCCUCUCAUAAUUGUAUAUACUUCUAUCAGGUCUUCCCUCCACCUCUGGCAUUCUAGAGAAAAUAAUCCAAAUCUGUCCAACCUCUUCUCAUAGCUAAUACUCUCUAAUCCAGAUCUAAUCAUUUUGGUAAACCUUUCCUGCACACUUUCCAUAGUUUCCAUACCCUUCCUGCAAUGGGGUGACCAGAAUUGCACACAAUACUCCAAAUAUGGCCUAAGCAAAGUUUUUUCAAGCUGCUUCAUGACAUCUAGUCUCUUAUACUCAAUGUCCUGGCCAAUAAAGGCAAGCAUAUCAUUUGCCAUCCUUAUCAGUUUUAGUUUUGAAAAUUGUCCCUCUUGUGUUAGUGCUGCAUUUGUUCCGCUGGUGCCUGUGGGGCGGCCCGGUGGCGUAGCGGUAGAGUUGCUGCAUUACAGCACCAGAGAGCCGGGUUCGAUCCUGACUAUGGGUGCUGUACAGACUUUGUACAAUCUCCCUGUAACUUGCGUGGGUUUUCUCUGGGAGCCCCGAUUUCCCCCCACACUCCAAAGAGGUAUAGGUUUGUAAGCCAAUUGGAUUUGUAAAGUUGUAAAUUGUCCCUAGUGUGUGCAGGAUAGUGUUAGUGUGCAGGAUAGUGUUAGUGUGCAGGGAUCGCUAGUAAUGCGCGGACUCGGCGGGCUGAAGAGCCUGUUUCCGUGCCGUAUCGCUAAACUAAACAAAUAUGAACUAAACUAAGCUAAACUUGCUACUUUUGCUUGAUUAACAUCUUGCCUUUUUUUUGCCCAGUAUUUGUUCAGAACUAUUCAUGGACGCUGGCACAAUGGUAGUCAAAAUAGGAGAUUAGAGAUCUGGGUGGUUGACCUGGAUGCCAAAUCCCACCAAGCUGGUUACCAAGCUCAUGGAACUGGGUCUCAGAGCUUCCCUCUGCAAUUGGAUCCUCAACUUCCUCAUCCACAGACCACAGUAUGUUCAAAUUGGCAGAAAUACUUCACGCUCAUUAACAAUCAGUACGGGAGCACCUCAAGGCUGUGUGUUCAGCCCCCUGCUCUACUCACUCUAUACUCAUGACUGUGUAGCCGGACAUAGUACGAACUCCAUCGUCACGUUCGCCAAUGACACCACUGCUGUGGGACGAAUUACAGAUGGUGAUGAGUCAGAGUGUCGAAGUGAGAUCGACCAAUUGACCAAAUGGUGCCAGCACAACAACCUGGCUCUCAAUAUCAGUAAAACCAAAGAACUGAUUGUGGACUUUGGAAGUGGAAGGAUGAGGACCCAUAAUCCUGUUUAUGUCAACAGGACGAUGGUGGAGAGAGUCAAAAACUUCAAAUUCCUGGGUGUGCAUAUUUCCAAAGAUCUUUCCUGGACCCAGCGCACUGAUGCAAUGAUAAGGAAAACACAUCAGCACCUUUACUUCCUGAGAAGAUUAAGGAGAUUUGGUGUGUUAAAGAGGAUUCUUUUGAACUUCUACAGGUGUACAGUACAGACCAUAUUGACUGGUUGCAUCAUGGCCUGGUUCGGCAACUUGAAUGUCCAGGAGCAGAAAAGACUGCAAAAAGUUGUGAACACUGCCCAGUCCAUCUCUGACCUCACCAACAUAGAAGGGAUUUAUCGGUCACUGCCUCAAAAAUGCAGACAACAUCAUCAGAGACCCACACCAUCCUGGCCUUCCACUCAUUUCACCAGUGCCAUUGGGAAGAAGGUACAGGAGCCUGAAAACUGUAACGUCCAGGUUCAUGAACAGCUUCUUCCCUACAGCCAUCAGACUAUUAAACCUACAACCUCACAUAAGCUCUGAACUGCAAUCAACUAUUAUUAUUAUUAUUGUUUUUUAUUAUUUUUUUUUGAGUAUAUAUUUAUUUAUAUUUAUAUAUUUUGUGAGUGUGUGUGUAUAUACACACUGAACUUUCUUUUAUCUCUCUCAUUUAUCAUAUACUAUUUACAUAUUCUGUUGUGCUGCAGCAAGUAAGAAUUUCAUUGUUCUAUCUGGGACAUAUGACAAUAAAACACUGUUGAAUCUUGACUGUUUGUGUUACACCUCAAGCUAUUAAGGUGGUUACCAAUCAAACCCUCAUCUGAGUUCCUUCCAGAAAUGUCACCAUGGCGAUGCUCAAUUCCAGCAUCAGAUUGGACACAGAAUGCGUCAUGAUAUUGAAAUCACAUCUCACACACUACCCAUUACCAUUACAGUCAUUCGAUGUGUUCUGUGGAAGAAUUAUGAGAUGCAUUCUGGCACUCAACAAGUGGUGAACUGCAGUUAUUUUAAAUGACAUUUUCUUGUGCUGCUUCUCAUUUUCAGUUUACCUCAGGGCACCUCAAAAGCAGAACUGGUAAAUAACAAGUUAAAGGCACCAGGUGCUUGAACCGCCUUAACAGAACACACCUUUCAUUCAGAAGAAGCAAAACUUGACCAUUCUUUCUCCUCGUAAGAUCUCACCAUCCAAGGGAUCAUUCUGGCAUUGAAUCUCUAUUGCACAUCCAUUAUGCCCAAUACAGCCUUUCUUAUGUAAGACAUCAAAACUUCAUACAGUAUCUUAAAUGAAGUCUCUCCAUGCCUU